AUGGAUCCCGCACGUGCUGGCCUUCUUGCCCGGGAGCUGCACAAGCUGAGCGUGCAUGUGGCCGCCAUCCAGGAAGUUCGAUGGCCCGGUCAUGGAGAGCGAAAAUUCACGGCGGUGGACCCCAUCGCCAACACCUCUUUCAAGUACCACAUCUACUACAGUGGCGGCGAAAAGGCGAUGCAUGGAGUCGGGUUCGUAGUGAUUGGGGAUCAGAAGAACCGAGUCAUCAAGUGGAAGGUGGUGAAUGACCGGAUCUGCGUGUUAAGAAUAAAGGGCAAAUUCUUCAACUACAGCCUGAUCAACAUCUACGCGCCGACGAACGACAAGCCCGAUGACAAUAAAGACGCUUUCUACGAGCGUCUCGACAAGACCUAUGGAGAGUGCCCAAGACACGACGUGAAGAUAGUCAUCGGAGACGCAAACGCGCAGGUCGGAAGGGAAGCCUUCUUCCAUCCUGUCAUCGGCAAGGAGAGCCUUCAUCCUCGCACGAAUGACAACGGCCUACGUUUGGUCAAUUUCGCCGCAGCCAGAGGAAUGGCUAUCUGUAGCACCUUCUUUGCGCGCAUGAACAUUCGGAAGCACACCUGGCGACACCCGAAUGGCGAAUCGUGCACACAAAUCGAUCACGUUUUGGUGGAUGGUCGACACUUCUCGGACGUGAUGGACGUCCGAUCGUACAGAGGACCAAACAUCGACUCUGAUCACUUCCUGGUAGCGUGCAAGAUCCGAGCUAGGCUGUCGAACGUGUUGACCCCGCGGACUGCGAGGAUAGCGCGGUUGAACGUCCAGCGCCUCGCGAGCAGCGACGUUGCUGCAAAGUACAGUCGGAAGCUCGACGAGCGAAUCAACGAGAACGCGCCUACGGGUAACCUGGACGAGCAAUGGGGAGCCCUCCAGAGCAUCGUCAACACAACGGCUACCGAAGUGAUCGGCACGACCAGAGGACGCAAACCCAAAGGGUGGUUCGAUGCGGAGUGCCAGCGAGUGACGGACGAGAAGAACGAGGCCAGGAAACGUAUGCUGGUUAAGGGUACGCGCCGAAACUGUGAGCGAUACAGCGAGCUGCGAAGAGCUGAGAAACGAAUCCACCGCCGAAAAGAACGGGAGUACGACGAAACGGUACUUGCCGAAGCGGAAGCACAGUACAACGCGAACGAUAAGCGGAGGUUUUACGCAACUGUCAACGGUGUAAGAAGGAAAACCACGCCUUCCCCUGUUAUGUGCAACGACAUGGAAGGAAACCUGUUGACAGAUAAGAUAGCGGUAGCGGCCAGGUGGAAGGAGCACUUUCAACAGCUGUUGAAUGGUGAGAUGCGAGAGGGAGUCGUCGAGGACAGGAUGAACGUUGAGGAUGAUGGAAUAGCUGUGGACCCGCCUACGUUGGAGGACGUGGAAAAAGCCGUAAAGGAGCUCAAGAACGCGAAAUCGGCGGGAAAGGACGGACUUCCGGCCGAACUUUUCAAGCACGGGAGCGCGCGGAUGAUCGAGAUUCUGCACCAAAUCGUCCAGCGAAUUUGGUGCGAAGAACAGCUUCCGACCGACUGGUUAGACGGGCUCAUCACCCCAAUCUACAAGAAAGGGCAAAGACUCGAUUGUGCCAACUAG